AUGGAUAUGGUGUUAGCAUUUCUCUUGUUAUGUGGAUGGGGGGGCAUGUAUAAGAAUAGGCUGCAAGAGUUGGCUCAAAGAAGCUGUUUUAAUUUGCCAGCCUAUUCAUGCAUUCGUGAAGGCCCAGAUCAUGCUCCUCGUUUUAAAGCGACUGUCAACUUUAAUGGAGAGACUUUUGAAAGCCCUACUUUCUGCUCUACUCUUAGACAGGCAGAACAUGCAGCGGCUGAAGUGGCUCUUAACACUCUAGCAAAAAGAGGUCCCUCCAGAGCUUUGGCUGCCAGAGUUCUGGAUGAAACAGGAGUAUACAAGAAUUUACUCCAGGAAACUGCUCAUAGAGCUGGACUGAAUCUUCCUGUUUAUACAACCAUUCGUUCUGGAACAGGUCAUGGUCCUAACUUCUCGUGUACAGUUGAGAUUGCAGGAAUGCAUUUUACAGGAGACCCAUCUAGGACCAAGAAACAGGCUCAAAAAAAUGCUGCGAUGGCUGCUUGGGCUGCAUUGAAAAAAUUGUCAGAGCAUGGAUUAUCUUCAACUUCAUCCUCAUCUUCUCCUGAGGCUAGAGGGAACGAAGAACAAGAUCAAGUCAUCAUUGCUCGGGUCCUUACAAAUGGCUCAAAGAACUGUUCCAAAAGUGAUAAGCAACUUGGAUGGCAAAAAUCCACGACAACCUCUUUGGUAUCAACUCAUCCUACUGCAGACAUGUAUCCUAUGCAAUGCCAGCAUUGUGUAAUCUCUAGUUUCUCGCCAGAGGUGGCUCUAUAUCAGAUUUGGCAGCAAGAACAAGUUUUGCAGCAACAAAAUCGUCUAUUGGAACUAACCCUUCAGCCAAUCAUUCCAUCUGCUCCACAUAUUUAUCCAUUAAUGCAAUCCAUGUUCCAGCCAGACCACUGUCUUUAUUUUCCAACUGAGGUAGCAUCAGUUCCUGUAGGACCAAAAUUAUCAAUGGCUACAUCAAGUCCUUCAUUUUGUUUUUCAAACCAAAUUGGUCCAGAAUUAAACACAGGCAGGUCAACACUAAUCAUCAGCGAGAUACAAGAAGAAAAAACAGUAGAUCCCCCAAUUUGCACCUUUAGCAAUGAAACUAGAGCUUUACCACCACGUCCAGAUGAUGAGAGUAAGAAACACGAUAGCUCUGGAAGCAGAAGUAGAAAUACUGAGCAGCGAGGAGAUCAAUGUGAGACAUCUGAGUGGGAUUCUCAUUCGAGCAUGGGAUCUGUACACAGACCAGUUAAAACUGAGCUCCAAAAGCCAUCCAGGAUUGGCUCAUCUGUUCUCAGAUCACAAUCACAUGCAAGUUACAGCAGAAGUUUUAGACCAUCAACCCCUUCAUCUUCCAUUGUGGGAACCAUAUGCCCUACUUCAUCCGUUGGUUCAAGACCGCCACAUGUUGCAUCAAGGUUGAGAACGGGAAUCCCACGAUGUCAGGGCACAUCUACUCCUGAAAGGCUUGGCAUGAUAAGAGCACCUACUCCUCUAUUUAUGGCACCAGCUGUGAGAAUCAGAUCAGUGGUUCCAGUCUGCUCAGCUCCUCCAAGGAGAUCCAUGGCCGCAGAAGAGGUGUCCAAGACCAAGGAAAAAGAAGAUAUAAAACCUGAAGAGAAAGAGGUAUCAAGAACUAGCUGA